AUAAAAGACGCGCAUUAGUUAAAAAAAGUCACUUCGAACUAAAGUAUGAAACGCGUUACUUCGUUUCAGAAAAUGAUUUAUAAUCUUUUCUCGUCGCGAUAACGUCUCGCUUAUCAUCAGCGUUCAUCAUAGUGACGUAAAAGUGUCUUUACAUUUUAAAAUUUAAUUGCAGAAAGAAAUCUAAGCGAUGUGACAGUGCAAUCGCAUUAACUCACAUUCAAAGAGAAAAUUGCGGUGCAAAUCUACGUCCAUUCGAAAUUCUCGGGAUGAUAAGCGGAAUUGCGUGCCUGUGAUAAAUCGUAUAGUGAGUCACGUUGGAACUGUCAGUGUCUGAGCCGUUUAGGUUAUAUGCAAAUAUAUAACCGAUUUGCUAUACGAUCUCGUGGCGAAUGUAAUUAAAAAUCUCAUUGAUAUCGUAUUCCAACUUUGUUCAUCAUGUCUAAACGACUGCCGAAAUCUCUGUUAACUAAAGAAACCAAAGAUUAUCUCUUAAGCACGCAUUUCUGGGGCCCGAUAUUCAAUUGGAUGAUACCUAUAGCGGCUAUAUCUGACAUGCGAAAGCAUCCAAAAAUCAUUAGCGGCAAAAUGACUUUAGCCUUGACCCUGUAUUCCAUGAUAUUCAUGCGGUUCGCUUUGAAAGUACAACCGCGAAAUUUGUUGCUGUUCGCAUGCCACCUCACAAACGCCGGGGCUCAAAUGGGGCAAGGUUACAGAUUUCUCAAUUAUCACUACGGCCAACAGAAAGAGCCCGAACGGAAAAAGUAAAAUGGGAAACUAGUACCCAAGCGAAUAUUUUGUUACAACAACUACUUAUUUGCAAAUAUAUAAUAAAAAUGUGAAAUAAUGAA